AUACAUUGAUUGUCAUCUCAUCAGCUGUGUUGUUCUACCGGUAAUGAAUCAAAUCAAGAAAAUGAAUCGUAUUACUUCAAUACUCCGAAAAGUAUCAUUUUAAUAAUGCUCUUUUCACCACGAAAAAUUAUCAUAUUGGAGCCGAGCUAAUAAACCACCAGAAACUCCUAUAACACGAUGAAAACAUGAACGUAGAAGGUAACAGACUGCAGACGUUUAACGACUGGCCUAACGAUACUGCAGUUACCCCCCAAAGGAUAGCCAAAGCGGGAUUUUUCUUCACCGGACAAGACCUAGAAGUGGAAUGCUUUGCAUGCCACGCCAGAAUCUCAGAAUGGAACUACGGCGACCAAGUGAUGACCAGACACAGAGCCUUGAACCCUGAAUGCCCUUUUGUAAUCAACCCUGCUUCCUCUGGCAACGUUCCCAUCACACCUUCAGCGGCACCCUCCACAUCCCUCAACCCAUACAGGGAGUCUGCAGCAAUGCGGCUGGCUUCUUUUGAAAACUGGCCUGUCAGCAACAUAGUAUCACCUGAGAGGUUAGCAAGAGCUGGAUUUUACUACUUUGGAGACGGUGACAACACCAAGUGCGCAUUCUGCAAGGGGGUGGUUAGGGCUUGGGAACCAGGGGAUGACCCAGACACUGAACACCAAAGACAUUUUCCCCAGUGCCCCUAUGUGAUAGAAGUCAUCAACCCUAGACUAAGAAUCUCAGGUUAUGAAGCACCUAACUCUAGCUCAAUAGAAAAAGUGACUUUUCAGAAUGUUAAUCUUCUAGCAGAAGAACAGAAUCUUGAUGAACUUGGUGUACAAGCCCACAAGGGGCCAAAAAGAACUAAUUUUGCUACUGUAGAAGCAAGGUUACAGUCUUUUGUUGGGUGGUCUUCUGAUUUGAUACAGACCCCAGAUAUAUUGUCCCAAGCUGGUUUUUAUUAUGAAGGUAUGGGGGACCUGGUGAGGUGCUUCCAUUGUGAUGGGGGGCUCAGGCAUUGGGAUCCGCAUGAUGAUCCAUGGACAGAGCAUGCUAGGUGGUUCCCAAAUUGCUCUUUCGUUAAGUUGGUGAAAGGACAGGAGUUUGUGACUGCUUCAGCAACUGGGCAAGGUAGUGAGACUCAUGUGAGACCUUCGGUGAAACACAAACGACCUUCCAAGCCCCACGACGUCACCGAGAGCCAAAUCCAAGGCCACCUAUGCGGCCCGCAAGCCUUGGCCGCCCUGAGCGCCGGCUUCAGCCAGGCUUGCGUCAAACGUGCAAUUAAAGAGAAGCUGCAGCUCACAGGCACCGCCUUCUCCACCGCAGACAGCCUGGUCGAAGCUGCGUUGAAGCUGCCCGACGAAGAAGAAGAGGAGGAGGGCAAGAGUGGGGCGACGGAGAACGACGGACCUGUCGAAGAGAGGGACUUUAGGCAGGAGGUGGUGGAUAUUGUGGAGGAGAUGGAGAAGCAGGCUGGCGACCAAGCGAGCACCAAGGCUGCGGCGUUGCUGCUCUGUUCGUUGGAGAAUGAGAACAGGAAGCUGAAGGAGGCUAGGCUGUGUAAGAUUUGUAUGGACAGAGAGUUGGGGAUCGUUUUUCUGCCUUGCGGACAUUUGGCCGCUUGCGGGAAUUGCGUUUUGAAUUUGGAGGACUGUCCGCUGUGCAGGUGUGCUAUUCAGGCUACUGUCAGGGCGUUUUUGUCUUGAUUUCUUGUAAUAUAUCGAUUGACAGGU